AUGAGGUCACUCUGCACCGCGCUGAUGUUAUGUGUCUUCGCUUGCGGCGUUAUCGCAGAUGUUGCACACAUCAAGGCCUCCAAGGCCAAGCUCAUCGGCCACCUGGUGGGAAAAGGAAAGCAUAACAAGCGAGGGAUUCUCUCCCAUCUUCCUCCGUACAAACUGGGCCACGACAUACCGUUAGUCACUCAUUCCCUGGUGAAGCCGCUCGUGGUCACGUAUCCGCCGACCGCAGCGGUUGCGACAGUUAAAGUGCCCCUGACUAAUCCACUUGUUCCGAGAUUCCCAGUAGGAGUUGGGCACAAAGUUCCUGGGCUGCCACAUCCGCACUACGCCCUGCGAUUCCCUCACACAAAGUAUUACGUGAAACCUGAUCAUCAUUUCCACCAUCACCAUCAUCACGUGGAACCGAAGCCUGUAGUACCGGUUGCUCCCCUACGUCCCGUUGUGGAUGCCGCUCCCGUUGCCCCAGUAGUUCCACUACCGCAUCCGACCGCCGCUAUCGCUCACGCCCUACCCACACCGGUGUUAUCUCCUCAGCCAGUUCCAAUCGCUCCACCCCCGGUCGUUAUCCCUCAAAGCCAUGUAACUCCGAUUCCGCUAGCGCCGGCACUUCUGCCGCGGCCACUUUACCCAUUACAACAACAAUACGUCUUCCGUCCCGGAGGAUCUAUUCACGCUUCGUACUUUGCUACGUAUCCCAGAUAUCCCCUGAUCAGUAGCUACCAAGCUCCGAUAUAUCCUUUGCAUAGUGCUCCAGCCGUUCCGGCGGUGCAAUCGGUUCAGCACGUGAUACAAGCGCAUAGUCCGCCCUUCCACGUACUACCUCAGGUGGUACCGCACGAGGGAGUCGAACAAAAUACGCAUAACGUGAUAUACGAGCAGACUCCCGCGACACUUCACCCCGGUCACGAAGUGCCCCAACCUGCGAUACACGUACAUACACCGACGCAACACAGCUUUUCCCAUCCAACCUUUACUGUUCAACCGACGCUUAUACCGCAGCCUACGGUACACUUGGAGCCAACCCAGCCUUCGGUGCCAGUCGAGCACGACGGUUGGUCCCCGGUACAACCUCAUCCUGCGGACGGUGCUAAUCACCAUUUCGUUCAAGAGCAGGGAACACAAGUGUACGAGCACCACCAGGAACAACAUUUUAACGACUUCCAGCACCAGAUACAACAGCACAUUCAGCAGCAGAUUGAACAGGCUCAAUACGAGCAGAACUUACAAAAUCAACAUCACCUGCAGCAAGAGUACGGUGCACCGCAGAUACCGUACGAAUACCACGGCCAGACUAAUCCGUACCAAGGUCAGGAUAUCGCUCAUCAUGCCCACGAUUUUGCUCAAUCGGGUCACGACUUCUCACAACAUGGACCUGAUUUUUCUCAGCAAGGACAGGACUUUUCUCACCAAAGUCACGACUUUUCACAACAAGGUAACGAUUAUUCUCUUCCCGGUCAAGACUUUGGCCAGUCGACGCAUCCGAAUCAAGAGUAUGGAGUGCCGCAACCGGAAGGCCGCAGUUUGGAUGACGACAGUCAGCAAUUCCACAAUCACAUACCUCUGGCCUUACAGCCCCCAAUAGAUCGACCCUUAGACCACUUUCAGUGA